UAUUUUACAAACACUGAUAACUUUUGUUUUCCAAUACUGAUCAAUGGCGAAGUUAUCAUGUUCUUAUCUUCUUGUAUUCAUGCUAGUGUUCUCAGCUAUUUUAAUGGUUGAAAAAGUUGAGGGAGAGGAAUGUCGUUUAACGAUUGACAAAGCAACUCCAUGUCAUCUUAGUGAUUGCCGUUUAAGCUGCUAUACUGGAUAUAAUGGAGUUGGAGAAUGUUUUGAUGAUCCUAAUGUUCCUGGACCUGAUAACUGUGGUUGUCGCUAUAAUUGUUAGAGCUACUAUUUUAUAAUUGAUAUGGUAUAAUAAGUAUUCGAUUUUCAUAAUCCGAUAUGAAUAAAUUGCAGAGAUUAUAUUAAUUACUUUAUUGUUAAUCUUUUUUCUUCAUGAUGAGAUUAAAAAUAAAAAUAAUUAAGCAAA